GUAGUCCCAUAGGCAAGAUGCAGGCACGAAACCUUCCUCUGGCGCUCCUGCUGGUGUGUUGGGCCAUUGCGUCCUGCGAAGCCACUCUGUCCAUUGGUGGCUUAGUGGGUGGCUUGGCGGUUCUAAAGGGCGCGGCGCUGGUCGGUUACGCAGUGGGGCGUCACCAACGUUACAACAGGGGACACUACCACGGCCGUUCUCACUAUCACGGAGGCUAUAACGGGAGAAGGCACUAUCGCUACGGCCGCUCCGUCGAUCCCGACACCGAAGAAGACGCUGAUGAAGGCAAGAACCUGCUCCUGUCCACCGUGGGGCAGCUCGACCCCGACGGAUGCAUCCUCAAGAUGCUCUGCCACCUCCAAACCAGGAGUCACUCCAGCCUCACGCCAGAGGAGAACCUCCUCGUCGACAUGUUCUCCAACAACACCGAGACCAUGUCCUCCUACAACGCCGCCUUCGUCUACGCCACGGACGUCGGCACGAAGACCCGCGACCCGUCCGUCUGCAACGGACUCUUCCCCAAAUGUUCCCUCAAGGAAGAGCAGCUGAGUGGCCUUCUUCGGAGAGUCUGGGGCUGCGCCUCUGACCUCUUCCGAGAAGACGUUGAGCGCGAGGAGGACUUCAGUGCCACUCCGCCCAUAGGCGAGGAACGGCCUGUCGAUGAGGAGCCCCGACAGGAAUAACAAAUCUUGGACGAAGACCAACCCAUUGUCGACUAUGUCGAAGAAUUGGCCACUAAUUGUCCCUGCAAGCUAAUCUGCCUCUGCUUGAUGAAAUGCUCCUUGAUAACGGAAUGCCCCGGGAUAAGCCUCGAAAUAACAAAAUGUCCAUGGAUGAACUGGUGUCUCUAAUUAUGGAAUAAUCAAUUUACAAUAUUGCCUAAGAUCGAUAGCUAUGUGUUAGGACAAUAUAUUCAUAGAAAUAUAUUGUCGAUAUCA